AUGUCUGUGACUCUCCACACGACUCAAGGCGACCUCAAGGUCGAGCUCUUCUGCGAGGCAGUCCCCCAAACAGCCCAAAACUUCAUCGCCCUCUGCGCAUGCGGCGCUUAUAAUGACACACCCUUCCACCGAAUCAUGCCUGGCUUCAUGAUCCAAGGCGGGGACAUUUCUCUUGGUUCCGCUGCAAAGCCAUCUACGUCCAGCAAGCCUGCUCUCCCCUUCGAAAUUCCGAAAGCUGGCACCUCCAUAUAUCAUCCGUCCGCUUUGAACCAAGAAAUCAAUCUUCCUGCUCUCCGACACAAUGCGCGCGGCAUCCUAUCCAUGGCCUCGCGCCCAGUCAAGGAUAAAACUGCACCGGGCUGCCAGAAUGCAACUGGCGCAACCUUCAACGGCAGUCAAUUUUUCAUCACAUUCGCACCAGCACCACAUUUGGAUGGACAGAGCACAGUAUUUGGUAAAGUGCUGAAUUUGAGCGCCCAGGAUGAGGGUGGCGACGUACUAUCUAAAUUAGAGAAAGCCAAGGUUAAGGUGGGCAAGAACGGCAAAGUCUCGCAGCCCAAAGAGGGCGAUGACUUUGAAGCUUUGCUCAUCAAACACGUUACUAUCCACGCGAACCCCUUUGCCAAGUGA